CCCCCUCCGCUUCCUUCCUCCGUUCGGCGCGCCGGAGAGCGAGCGCGGGCUGGACGCGAACCAGCGCAAGCCUCGGGCCGUUCAACUUAGUGGCUCCCGGCCCGCUGCCCGCGCGCUGUUUGUGAGGCGUGGCCCGGCGAAGGAGGCGCUUGGGGGGCGUGGGGCUCCCCAGCUGGCGGCGGCGACGGAGAGGGCGCGCGGGACAAUGAGCUGGGCAGCUCCGAGCUGCGGCCGCCUUUAGCUGGCUGAGCGGGCCCACCUGGGAGCAUGGCCCGAGUGCACGAGCCAGGUGUCUCAGUGCUUUAAGGCCGGAGCGCCCAGAUCACGGCGCGCUGCGGCUGGGGCGGUGGGGACGUUCCUUUAUUAAUUUAUUUGUGGAGAGCUAUCUCUGAGCAGCCGCGAUGGCCAGCACCAGGAGCAUUGAACUGGAGCAUUUUGAAGAACGGGACAAAAGGCCGCGGCCAGGGUCGCGGAGAGGGGCUCCCAGCUCCUCCGGGGGCAGCAGCAUCUCUGGCCCCAAGGGCAAUGGGCUCAUCCCCAGCCCGGCGCACAGUGCUCACUGCAGCUUCUACCGCACGCGGACCUUGCAGGCCCUAAGCUCGGAGAAGAAGGCCAAGAAGGCACGCUUCUACCGGAAUGGGGACCGCUACUUCAAAGGCCUGGUCUUUGCCAUCUCCAACGAUCGCUUCCGUUCCUUUGAUGCGCUCCUCAUAGAGCUGACCCGCUCGCUAUCUGACAAUGUGAACCUGCCUCAGGGCGUCCGCACAAUCUACACCAUAGACGGCAGUCGGAAGGUCACCAGCUUGGAAGAGCUGCUUGAAGGGGAGAGUUACGUGUGUGCCUCCAACGAACCAUUUCGUAAAGUUGAUUACACCAAAAACGUUAAUCCGAACUGGUCUGUGAACAUCAAGGGAGGUACAACCCGAGCCUUGGUCGUGGCCUCUGUGAAAAGUGAGGUGAAGGAAAGCAAAGACUUCAUCAAACCCAAAUUAGUGACUGUGAUUCGAAGUGGAGUGAAGCCUAGGAAGGCCGUGCGGAUCCUUCUCAAUAAAAAGACUGCCCAUUCUUUUGAGCAGGUCCUGACAGAUAUCACUGAAGCCAUUAAACUAGAUUCAGGCGUGGUCAAGAGGCUGUGCACCCUGGAUGGAAAGCAGGUUACUUGUCUGCAAGACUUUUUUGGUGAUGAUGAUGUUUUUAUUGCAUGUGGACCUGAAAAAUACCGUUAUGCCCAAGAUGACUUUGUCCUGGAUCAUAGCGAAUGCCGUGUUCUGAAGUCAUCUUAUUCUCGAGUCUCAGCUGCUAAGUAUUCUGGAUCCAAAAGCCCUGGCCCCUCUCGCCGCAGCAAGUCACCAGCUUCAGUUAAUGGAACUCCCAGCAGCCAGCUUUCUACUCCUAAGUCCACGAAGUCCUCCAGUUCCUCUCCAACCAGUCCAGGAAGUUUCAGAGGAUUGAAGAUUUCUGCUCAGGGCAGAUCAUCUUCCAAUGUGAACGGUGGACCUGAACUUGAGCGCUGCAUGAGCCCUGAAGGUGUGAAUGGGAACAGGUGCUCUGAGUCCUUCACGCUUCUGGAGAAAUACAGAAUCGGGAAGGUCAUUGGCGAUGGCAAUUUUGCAGUAGUUAAAGAGUGUAUGGACAGGUCUACUGGAAAAGAGUUUGCUUUAAAGAUUAUAGACAAGGCCAAGUGCUGUGGAAAGGAGCAUCUGAUUGAGAAUGAAGUGUCAAUACUGCGCAGGGUGAAGCACCCCAACAUCAUCAUGUUGGUCGAAGAGAUGGAAACGCCAACUGAGCUCUUUCUAGUGAUGGAACUCGUCAAAGGUGGAGAUCUCUUUGAUGCAAUUACUUCUUCAACCAAGUACACAGAGAGAGAUGGCAGUGCCAUGGUGUACAACCUGGCGAAUGCCCUCAGGUACCUGCAUGGCCUCAGUAUCGUACACAGAGACAUCAAGCCUGAGAACCUUCUGGUGUGUGAAUAUCCGGAUGGGACCAAGUCUUUGAAACUGGGAGACUUUGGACUGGCAACAGUGGUUGAAGGCCCUUUGUACACAGUGUGUGGCACACCGACUUACGUGGCACCAGAAAUCAUUGCUGAAACGGGUUAUGGCCUGAAGGUGGAUGUUUGGGCAGCUGGUGUGAUUACAUACAUACUUCUCUGUGGAUUCCCACCAUUCCGGAGUGAGAACAACCUCCAGGAAGAUCUCUUCGACCAGAUCUUGGCUGGGAAACUGGAGUUUCCAGCCCCCUACUGGGACAACAUUACCGAUUCCGCCAAGGAAUUAAUUAGUCAAAUGCUUCAGGUAAAUGUUGAAGCUCGCUGCACUGCGGGAGAAAUUCUGAGUCACCCCUGGGUGUCUGAUGACGCAUCCCAGGAGAAUAAUAUGCAAGCUGAGGUUACAGGUAAACUAAAACAGCACUUUAAUAAUGCGCUCCCCAAACAGAACAGCACCACCACGGGGGUCUCUGUUAUCAUGCAAUGUUUUACUGAAAACCUGAGAAAGUCUGAGAUGUCACAGAGUUCUGGCUUCACUGAGUUGAAAAGAACCAUCACAUGAGCUGGCAGCAGGAGGACCCUUCCCAGGGAUUGUAUUUUGAGACCUACCUCAUGAACAGAAGCAGUGUGCAUCUGUGCCAUGCAUGGUGGUGUAGGCAGCUUCUGUGGAAGUGGAAAAAGAAAACCAUUCAGAGUCAGCAUUUGUGCUAGGGGUGCAGUUAGUGGUGCAGUUAGUGUGCCCAGUGUGUGUGUGCUUAGCAUGUGUGUAGGCCCCAACGAUCUCCCAAAAUAUACAAUUUCAGCAUAUGGUAGAGAGUCUUUAAGAAAAUUUGUUGGAAUCAAAAUUUCAUAUCAUAUGUUAAUUAGCUUUCUAAUCUUCUAAGAUGUGUAAGCCUUGCAGCCCUAUAGGAGAAUUAUACAGUGAGUCAGAAGCUCAGAUGAGGUUCUAGAAUGAUUGACAGUCCUCCCUAGGGCUAAGUGUAAGCUGUGUGUUCUAGAUACUAAUGCAGAGAACGUCUCAGCACUUACAGAUAGCAGUUUCCCCCUUGCUAAUGGGUUAGACAGAUGUCGAACCCUCAAGCUUUAAUGGGGUGUUCCUGUGAAAGAACAACCCUUAAGAAGGUGACUUAUAACAGUUGUGUGUAUGAUGUAUAUGCAAGAGCCACUUGGCUCAUGCUGGCGACAUCCAGCUAAACCAGGUUCUCUGCAGAUUGUGAGCACUGAGGAGCUGCCGAUGGUAUCAUCGCAUUCAGAAUCUACUGGAGAUAUUUCUGGGAUUUUUUUUUUUCUGGCAGACUCUGUUCUCAGUGGUUCAAAAUCCAGCCUGCCAAAUUUGACUUGUUUCCAAAAAUCGCUGAAGGGUUCUUGUUUGUCCUUCCCCCAGUCAGGGCUGGGCCUGGGCCUAGGUGUGGCUGCAGGAUAGGGUGUGUGUCUCACAUCUGGGCCCUCCAUCAUAGAAUGACUGUACCUUGAGGCAUCCCUGAGGACAGUUAAAUUAUUUUUAUAUUUAAACUACCAGAGAAUGCCUGUCUCUCGCAUUAAUUUGCCAUCACUGAAUGUGCAGUCUCAGUAGCGGAAGAUUGGUGUUUUAUGGCUGAAUUGUUCAUGACCUCUGUGCAUAACUUAAACAGGGGGCCUUCUUGUCUUGUGUCACCCCAGCAUUCUCCCCAAAGUAGGUACCUGAAGUUCCAGUGAAAAAUAGGAGAAGGUAGGGACUGAUAAUAAAGGAGAAAGAAACCAAAGUUGAUGCUUUGUCUACAUUUCAUUUGACAGUUUGAUUUGACAGUUUGAGAGACAACCUCACAGAGUUCCGUUCUUUUCCCCAGUUGAGGCUAUGGGAAAUCCCGAAGCAGAUCCUGGUAUUCAACACACUGUGCUCAUGGGAGCCACACCUAAUUCUCAGCCCCUCUUCCAGCUGCAUGCUUGUCUCAGACUUUUGACCCUCCGCUUCCUGCCGGAAGGGUCCUCUGAACCACUGACUUCCUUCUGGCCUGCCCAGCCCAGCACGCCUUUGGGGAGCUUUGUGUUAGCCUUCUCAGCUUGUCAGUCUGCCUUCCUGCUCAGAGUGGGGUUCAGCCGUUCUGUGCCCUGCUGCUGUUUACAUAGGUGAAGCAGGGAUGAGUGUCUUUGUGAGGUUUUUGUGCUUUGUCAAGAGCUGCGUUUAUCAGUAAGACAGUGUGUGUCAGCCAGCCUCCAGGAUAAGAACAUGAUCAUACUGGAGAGAGACUCAGAAAGGCUAAAGGCUCUCUCUGGGUCACACUUCUGGCUCUCGCUGACAGUCCUCAGCACACUGAUGAAGGAAAGUGGGAGGUGGCUUCUUUGUCCAAGUGAGGGACAAAGCCUCAGAGAACAGAAGGGGCCAUCUUGUGGCAGAGAAAGGAAUGACAAGACGCCGCCUAUCAUGGUCUUGCAGAGGAAGUCAGACAAAGUACAUUCUUUCCACCCCAGGUGGUGCAAAGCUUGCUUUCAGGAACACUGGGGUGACAGUAGGGAUUUGGGGUUACUUCCGAUUUAAGACAGACAUGGCUCUUUGAAUCGUGUUGCUUCUGUUGAAAGUAAGUCUAGUUUCUGUCCCUGCUUCUCUCCCUUCUUGCCUCUCGCUGCUGCAUUGCUUCCCCUGCCUAGGUCCAAGGCCAUGGUAUGUACUCACCGCGCAGCCAGCUUCCCUCUGCCUGCACGCUCAGUUCUUUUGGCCAGAAGAGAAGAGGGGAAAUAGCUAGGGGUUGUGACUUUCUUCACAGGAGAGAGUGUGAUAGAAGUUAAGCGCUGCCUGCCUGAUAGGUACUGGUGGGUCGGAGUGGCCGGCCUGGUCCCAGCAGCUCAGGAUCAGACUUUACCCACUUACCCAGUUCAUUGACACAGCCCUCGGAAGGUAGUGAUGGCUCAGCUUGAGGUUGGCAGGAGCCGUGAGGAACACAGCCCAGAGCCUUGCCACUUGCUCUGUUCUCCAUCCCCCUCCCACUUAAAAAAAAAUCUGUGUUGUUGUACAUUUCCCUGCCUAUGGGGACUGCAAAAUGCCUACCGGUCCUUUCAUCUUAGAGCCGAGGGUGGUACCCAAGACCACUGCAGACUCUCCACCCAGUGACAUGGCAGUUGCUGGCUCCCAGGGUCCACAGUCUCUAGUGAGCCAAAGAAGACUCCAUGCCUAGGUAUCCCCAGCAUGGUUCAGAAGGAAGUGUUUUCCUCUUGGAGCCUCUGAGCCUUUGAGAGGGUUAGUGGAUGAGCCAGCAGGUGCAGGCCCCCUCAUAGGGAGAGAGGCAGUCAGAGAUACCAUGGAGGAUCCCCAGUGGAUUCCCGGGCAUAUUACAGAUGCCUGAUGGUUGUAAAGAUAUUUCUUUCUGACAUGUAAGGGCCAUAUAUCUGACAAGAACUUCCUGUCAUAAGUAUACUACAACAGCUGGCAGAGCCUGGGUAUGGGUGUGGGCAAGACAGAAUCAGCUGCAGCUCACAGCAAGGACCCUUGAGGCCACCUCCGGCAGGCCAGUGUCUCCACCACUCCCAGCUACCAGCAAGGUCGUGAUAAGGGCAGAGGCAAAAGGCAGCUUCUGGGAUGGGGUGGGGGUAGGGUGGGAGUGGGGCUCAGUUCCCCUUAGACUUAAGGCCUGGUGUAUUCCUCCUCUUCUGUUCUGUGUCCUGUGCAUGCCGAGUCCUGCUUUCUGGUCCUGCCCGUGUUAUGGAGCCCGGCCUGGGUCAUGUGUUAUCUCUGCUGCUCUCUCCCCAGAACACGGCUCUAGAUAAAGAGGGGCAGAUUUUCUGCAGCAAGCACUGUCAAGACAGCAGCAGACCCGCGAGGGAGCAGAGCUCGCCAGUCCCUUCCUCAGGCCAGGAGGCCCCUCCCCCACCGGAGUCUCCCAAGCCCUCUA